AUGUCGAACCAAAUCGAUUUACCUGAUUCUGGUUCUUUUGAUAAGCCGUACGAGUCGUACGUUGGCUUUGAUGAAGAAGCCAGUAAAGAUGUUAAACAAUUAGCUAAAACAAUUACUCAAGAAUCUCAAUCUUCUUCGGCUGCAUUAAUUAGGUAUUUAUCAAACAUGGAUGAAGUACCAGGAAUUAACCCUUAUGAACAAGAAAUAGCUGACCCAAAGUUGGACCCAGAAUCACCUGAAUUUAAUGCAAAAUACUGGAUCAAGAAUAUGAAGGCUUUGUACCAAUCAGAUCCAGAUUACUUUAAACCUAACAAGCUAGGAAUAGCUUUUAGAAACUUAAGAGCUUAUGGUAUUGCUAAUGAUGUUGAUUAUCAAACUACCGUUGCUACUGGUUUCCUCAAAUUUGUUGUUGAUGGGUUAAGACACUUUAGAAAAGAGGACGAAUCGAGAUAUUUCGAUAUUUUGAAGCCUAUGGAUGGUUUAUUAUUACCUGGUGAACUUACUGUUGUCCUUGGUAGACCUGGUGCUGGUUGUUCCACCUUGUUGAAAACAUUAGCUGUUAACACUUAUGGUUUCAAUAUUGAUAAAGAGUCCAAGAUUUCCUAUGAUGGUUUAAGUCCUAACGAUAUUGAAAAGCAUUACCGCGGUGAUGUAAUUUAUUCUGCAGAAACUGAUGAACAUUUUCCUCAAUUAACUGUCGGUGAUACUUUGGAAUUUGCAGCCAGGCUUAGAACUCCUCAGAAUAGAGGUUUAGGUGUUGAUCGUGAAACUUAUGCUAAACACAUGGCAAGUGUGUACAUGGCAACUUAUGGUAUUUUAAGACAAAGAAAUACCCCUGUUGGUAAUGAGUUUGUUAGAGGUUGUUCUGGUGGUGAACGUAAAAGAGUUUCUAUCGCUGAAGUCUCCUUAAGUGGUGCUAAUAUACAAUGUUGGGAUAAUGCCACUAGAGGUUUGGAUGCUGCUACUGCUUUAGAAUUUAUUAGAGCUUUAAAGACUUCUUCAUCCAUUUUAGAUGUGACUCCGGUUAUUGCUAUUUAUCAAUGUUCUCAAGAUGCUUAUGAUUUAUUUGAUAAUGUAUCUGUAUUAUACGAUGGUUACCAAAUCUUUUUCGGUAAGGCUAGCAAAGCUAAAGAGUUCUUUAUAAACAUGGGUUGGCAUUGUCCUGCAAGACAAACCACUGCUGACUUUUUAACUUCUUUAACCAAUCCGGCAGAGAGAAUUGCUGCACCAGGUUACGAAGGAAAGCUUCCUAGAACAGCCCAAGAAUUUGAAACAUAUUGGAAGAAAUCACCUGAAUACCAAAAACUAGUUGCUGAUAUUGAUCAAUAUUUCCUUGACUGUGAAAAGUUGAAUACCAAGAAAGCUCAUCAUGAAUCACAUGUUGCUAGGCAAUCCAAUCAUAUUUCACCAAGAUCUCCAUAUACUGUUUCCUUUCCCAUGCAAGUCAAAUAUAUCAUGAGUAGAAACUUCCUUAGAAUGAAAGGUGAUCCUUCUAUUCCAAUAUUUAUGGUUGUUGGUCAAGUUAUUAUGGGAUUGAUUUUGUCCUCGAUCUUUUUCAAUUUAGAUCAAACAACUAAAUCAAUUAACUUUCGUGGUAUUGCUUUGUUCUUUGCUGUUUUAUUCAAUGCUUUUGCUUCCAUUUUAGAAAUCAUGUCACUUUUUGAAGCAAGAAAUAUUGUUGAGAAACACAAGAAGUAUGCCCUUUACCGACCAUCUGCUGAUGCCUUGGCAGGUAUUGUUACUGAACUUCCAACAAAGCUUUUCAUGUCAAUGGCAUUUAAUUUCACAUUCUAUUUCAUGAUAAAUCUUAGACGAGACCCUGGUCAUUUCUUUUAUUAUUGGUUGAUGGCAAUUACUUGUACGUUGGUUAUGUCACAUUUAUUCAGAACUAUUGGUGCUAUGGCAACCUCGUUUGCUCAAGCAAUGACUCCGGCGGCUGUUUUAUUAUUGGCUAUGGUUAUCUAUACUGGGUUUGUUAUUACCACAAGAGAGAUGCUAGGUUGGGCUCGUUGGAUUAACUAUAUUAAUCCAGUGGGGUAUGUCUUUGAAUCUCUUAUGGUUAAUGAAUUUCAUGGUAGAUAUUUUGAAUGUUCAAACUUUGUUCCAUCUGGUGGAUCUUAUGAUACUAUUUCAGCUGCUAAUAGAGUCUGUACUGCUAUUGGUGCUCAGCCUGGACAGUUAAUGGUUAGUGGAACUACAUAUUUGAAAAUGGCUUAUGAUUAUCAAAAUGCUCAUAAAUGGAGAAAUUUUGGAAUCUGUAUUGGAUACAUUAUUUUCUUUUUGCUAACUUAUAUCAUUGUGACUGAAUUCAAUAAAGGUGCCAUGCAAAAGGGUGAAAUUGCUUUAUUCCUUCGAUCAUCAUUAAAACAAUUGAAAAACAGAAAAGAAUUGGCAGCCAAAAAUCAAGAUAUUGAGAAUUAUACCAACGAAAAAGUCCCUUUAGGUGAUCUUUUAGCUUCGGAAAAAAAGGACAAUGGUUCAUCAAGCGAUAAUAGUUUAACUACUGAAAAGGAGAUAUUCUUCUGGAGAAACUUGACGUAUGGAAUUAAAAUCAAAAAGGAAGAAAGAACUAUCUUGGACCAUGUUGAUGGUUGGGUCAAACCUGGUGAAAUUACUGCCUUAAUGGGUGCUACUGGUGCUGGUAAAACAACUUUGUUGAAUUGUUUGUCUGAAAGACUUACGGUUGGUGUUAUCACCGAUGGAGUUAGAAUGGUUAAUGGUCACUCUCUUGACUCUUCAUUCCAAAGAUCAAUUGGUUAUGUUCAACAACAAGAUUUACAUUUACCUACUUCAACUGUCAGAGAAGCUUUAAAGUUUUCUGCUUAUUUAAGGCAAUCUAACACCACUCCCGACAAAGAAAAAGACGCUUAUGUUGAUUAUAUCAUUAGUUUAUUAGAAAUGGAAGAAUAUGCAGAUGCCAUGGUUGGUGUUGCUGGUUCAGGAUUAAAUGUUGAGCAAAGGAAAAGAUUGACCAUUGGUGUCGAAUUAGUUGCCAAACCCAAGUUAUUAUUAUUUCUUGAUGAACCUACUUCUGGGUUGGAUUCUCAAACUGCUUGGUCUAUUUGUAAGCUAAUGAGAAAAUUGGCAGAUCAUGGUCAAGCUAUUUUAUGUACUAUUCAUCAACCUUCUGCUUUACUUUUGACUGGCUUUGAUAGAUUAUUAUUUUUACAAGCUGGUGGUCAAACUGUUUACUUUGGUGACUUGGGUGAAAAUUGUCAGACUUUGAUUAACUAUUUUCAAAAGUAUGGUGCAGAUCCAUGUUCUAAGGAUGCAAAUCCUGCCGAAUGGAUGUUACAAGUUGUUGGUGCUGCCCCUGGUUCCCAUGCUAAAGAAGAUUAUUUUCAAGUAUGGAGAAAUUCGGAAGAGUAUCAAGAAAUUCAACAAGAAUUAGAUACCAUGGAAGUCAAGUUGGCCAAGUUACCAAGAAAUACCGAUCCUGAAUCACAUUUGAAAUAUGCUGCUCCUUGGUGGAAACAAUAUUGGAUGGUCACUGCAAGAGCAAUUGUCCAGGAUUGGAGAACACCCAGUUAUAUCUAUUCUAAAUUGUUUUUAUGUUUGGCUACUUCCUUGUUUAAUGGGUUUUCAUUCUUUGGUGGUCAUCUUUCAGUAAGAGGUUUACAAAAUCAAAUGUUUGCCAUAUUCAUGUUCUAUGUUCCAUUCAAUACUAUGCACGAACAAACUUUACCUUAUUACCUUGCUCAAAGAGAUGUCUAUGAAGUCAGAGAAAGACCCAGUAGAACAUUUAGUUGGUUUGCUUUUAUAUUUGGUCAAUUGACUUCAGAAAUUCCUUAUCAAAUUAUGGUUGGAACUUUGGCAUUCUUCUGUUGGUACUACCCAUCUGGCCUUUAUAAGAACGCCCAAGCUGCUGAUGAAGAAGCAUCCCGUGGGGUAUUGAUGUGGUUAUUGGUGGUCAGUUUCUAUUGUUAUACUUCUACCAUGGCUCAUUUCUGUAUUUCAUUUUUAGAACGACAAGAAAAUGGUGCUAGUACAGGACAUUUAUUAUUCCAAUUGUGUUUAUUAUUUUGUGGUGUCCUAGCUGGUCCUAGUCAAUUGCCAGGGUUUUGGAUUUUUAUGUACAGGUUUAAUCCAAUCACUUAUCUUACCCAAGGAAUAUUGGCAGUUGGGUUAGCUAAUAAUAAGGUUGUUUGUGCUCCACAAGAGUAUGUUUCUAUAAAUCCACCCGAUGGUACUUCUUGUGAUGAUUUUAUGGCUGAAUAUAUUCAGAAAGCUGGUGGGUAUGUGCUUACUGAUGAUGCUACUGGACAAUGUCAAUUUUGUGAAAUUGAUAGCACAAAUGAGUUUUUAGCAUCUGUUGGAGCCCACUUUAGUCAAAGAUGGAGAAAUUAUGGUGUUUUUGUUGCAUUCAUUGGAUUUAAUGUCAUUCUUGCUAUUUUCUUGUAUUGGUUGGCUAGAGUUCCUAAGGGUAACAGAGAACGUAAGAAAAAUUCUAAAGAUGAAAGGCUUAAAGAAGGUAAGAGAGGAUUGCUUUAA